AUGAGGAAGGAAGCGGUGGUGUUAGCAGCAGUUACAACCGCCGCGACUGUUGUGGCGGUGGGGUUGCUAGUGAGGCAGCGGAUCGAGCGGCGCUGGAGGAACACUCGACGCAUUCUACGGAAAUUCGCAAGGGACUGCGCUACUCCUGUCCCAAAGCUUUGGCAUUUGGCUAAUGACUUGGUGUCCGAUAUGGAAGCAGGACUGGUUUCCAAUGAAACCGACCUUUCCAUGCUUCCCUGUUAUUGUGUCCCUUCACUUCCUACAGGUGAUGAAAAGGGGUUAUACUAUGGGGUGAAUCUUCGUGGAACAAAUUUCUUUAUUUUGCGAGCACGACUUGGAGGGAAGGACGAACCGGCAUCGGAAUUGCAUAGGGAGGAGGUCUCUAUUCCUACCAACUUGAUGACUGGCAAUUUUAAGGUUGGAAAAGAGUUGGUGAAAGAUAUGAAUCAGGCUUUGGAGAACCAUGGGGUAAACAUGCGAGUUUCAACUCUGCUUGAUGAUACCAUUGGAGAUUUGGCUGGAGGAAGGUACUACAACAGAGACAGUGUGGCUGCAGUGACUCUGGGGAUGGGCACAAAUGCUGCUUAUGUAGAACCGGCACAAUCUGUAUCCAAGUGGCAUGGCACUUCACCCAAAUCCGGAGAAAUGGUCAUUAACAUGCAAUGGGGAAGGUUCUGUUCCUCUCAUCUUCCAAUAACUGAGUUUGAUGCUUCUUUGGAUGCUGAAAGCUCAAACCCUGGUAGCCAGAUCUUCGAAAAGCUGAUUUCAGGGAUGUAUCUGGGGGAGAUUGUGAGGAGAGUCUUAUUGAAGAUGGCCCAGGAAACUGCUUUAUUUGGAGAGUGUGUGCCACCCAAACUUGCAACUCCAUACUUACUGAGGUCACCUGAUAUGGCUGCAAUGCAUCAAGACACAUCAGAGGAUCAUGAAGUGGUCAAUGAGAAACUGGAGGAAAUUUUUGGGAUCACCAAUUCUACUCCAAGCGUAAGAGAAGUAGUUGCUGAGGUCUGUGACAUUGUUGCAGAACGUGGAGCCCGUCUUGCUGGAGCUGGCAUAGUGGGGAUUGUGAAGAAGCUUGGCAGAAUUGCUAGUAGGAAGAGUGUAAUUACCAUAGAAGGCGGUCUUUACGAGCACUAUCGAGUUUUUAGAAACUAUUUGCAUAGCAGUGUUUGGGAGAUGCUAGGGAAUGACCUUUCAGAUAAUGUGAUUAUUGAGCAUUCUCACGGGGGCUCUGGAGCUGGUGCUAUCUUUCUUGCUGCUUCACAAACACAGAAUGCAGAUUCCUAGUACUUGAAAUUCACCAUCAUACAUACAUAAUUCUUGAGCAGUAAUAUUUGAUUAGUAUCAAGUAUUUCUCUGAACUUGGUAAUUGUUUACUUCCCCGGUUCCCA